GUAGUGAAAACUUGGAACAUGUCGUAUGAGAAAACGUCUCGCGGCAAAUAGGUUUGCGUUACGGUAAACUCCGAUGCGGGCGAAAUGUUCGAUAUAAACUUGCAACUAUACAACACAUUCAGUUUACGUUACUUACGAUCAUCACCGCCUCUCCGGUCGGUAUUGUUGUAAUUUAUCUAUAUUAUCAUUAUUAUCAUCAUCAGUCAGAGAUAUGGCAGACACGGCUGUAGCAUCCGAGGCAUCAGCGCCAGCGACGCCGGCGAAGAAACAGCCCAAGGCGAGCGCGGCCGCCGGUGGUGUGAAGAAGGCUAAAGCCAAACCUACUCAUCCCAAAACUUCGGAGAUGGUGAACAAUGCCAUCAAAGAGUUGAAGGAGAGGAGCGGCUCGUCACUUCAAGCGAUCAAGAAAUACAUCGCGGCCCAAUACAAAGUCGACGCGGAGAAAUUGGCGCCGUUCAUAAGGAAGUAUCUCAAGAGCGCCGUCGAGUCCGGUGCCCUCAUACAGACCAAGGGUAAAGGAGCUUCCGGCUCGUUCAAAUUGGAAUCGAAAUCUGCGUCUUCCAAGAAACCGGCGGCCGCCGGUUCGAAGAAAUCUGCAUCUUCUGCGGCGGCCAAGUCCAAGAAAGCCACCGCAGCGGCCUCCGCCGCAUCGAAGUCGAAGAAGGGAGCUUCUUCUGGCGCCGCCUCGUCGUCUGCCUCGUCGCCGUCCAAGGGCAAGGCGUCCUCCGCCGCUAAAGACAAGAAGGCAGCGGCAGCCAAGAAGAAGCCCGCCGCGGCAAAGAAAGCGGCCGCACCGGCGAAGGCGAAGGCCGCCGCAGCGCCCAAGGCGAAAAAGACAGCUAAACCGCCAACGAAGAAGCCGAAGGCGCCCAAACCGAAGAAGGCGGCCGCCACACAAAAAAAGGCCGCAGCGAAAAAGACACCCGCCUCCAAGAAGUAAUCGCUCUGUCGUCGUCUCGGCAGCAGCAGCAGCUGUUCUUCUGUGUUAUGUUGUUUGUUUGCUUGAUGACUGUUGUUCAUUGUCGCGGCGAAAAACAACCACCGUCACCCAACACGGCAACAACGGCACAAAGAAGGAGG